GUUGACGUAUGAAUCAUCAUUCCCAAGAUGGCGAUUCACCUGUUUCUUCGGUGAUGAUGCUGCUCCAUUUUACACACUUUUUAAAGCAUAAUCCCUGGGAAUAAGUUACCAACUAACUGACAUCUUCGAGGGAAAAUCUGGAUUGACCCACACCGUCCAGGAUGUCCACGGAGGAGCUGUCAGCUUCGGAUAGCGAGGCUGUGUUCGCGGGCGCCGGGGAGCGAUGGGCACCGGUGGGUGCCGUAGCCAGCCCCGAGGAGGAGAGCAGCGUUAAGCCGAGGCAGAGAGGCUUAUCGUCAGCCACGGAUGAGGAGAUGGCCUUCCGGCUGAGGAAGCUGGAAGAGGAGCAGGACUUGUUGAACUCGUCUCUUUUAGCUCUCACGUCGCACUUCGCCCAGGUUCAGUUCCGCCUGAAGCAGAUCGUUCACGCUCAGAGCGAGGAGAAGGAGAGGAUGCUGGCCGAGCUGGAGGAGUUCGCCUUCAGGGGCUGCCCGCACGUCCUGGGCUGCAGAGCUCAGGAUGCCAGGCAGCUGGAGAACUCGGAAGAUCUGAGCGAGAGGGAGAAGAGAGAACGUUUGGAGGCUCAGAGGGAAAAACAAAAGGAUCUCAUUUUCCAGCUGAAGACGCAGUUGGACGACCUGGAACGUUUCGCCUAUCAGGAGGGCAGCUACGACUCGCUGCCGCAGUCUGUCGUCAUGGAGAGACAGAAGGUCAUCAUUGACGAGUUGAUAAAAAAGUUGGAUGUGAAUCUGAACGAGGACCUUGGGAACCUGUCCCCAGAGGAGCUGAGACAACGCGUGGACGCCGCCAUCGCUCAGAUCAUGAACCCGGCCAGAGUCAAAGAGCAGCUGGUUGAGCAGCUCAAGACUCAGAUCAGAGACCUGGAGAUGUUCAUCAACUUCAUCCAGGAUGAAGUGGGAAACCCUCUUUUGCCGGAUGGUGGGCGGAGUCAACAGCCGAAACCCGCAGCAGCCAACGCCGGAGCUGCGCGAAUGAAAAAGAAAGUGGAUCCGGUCCAGGCGCAGAGGAUGCGGGAAAGCGGCCUGCAGCUCAUCCAGAAGGCUCUGGCUGUGCUGCAGAUCUUCGCUGCCAGUCAGUUCGGCUGCUCUGCCGGACACGUCCCUCAGAAUAUGUGGCCCCAGGACUCGCCGGGGCGGGACUACGGCCCUUUGCUCCAGCGUCUGGACGCCGCCGUGGAGAAGGUGCGAGUGCUGGGCUCGUGCCGACAUCCCUCAGUGGAACAUGUAGUCAGUUACAGCAGCGCGUCCACUUUAGGGGCCCGAGACGAGCUGACGACCGCCGUGAGGAAGGAGCUGUCGCUGGCUCUGAAGGACUUGUUGGCUCACGGUCUGUUUUCCCCUUCGCAGACCAUGAGCCUGGUGCUGGCCCCCAUCUCUUGCCUUCUGCCUUACACACCCGCCCCACAAACCCUGCACCCCUGGGAACUCUUUGUGAAGUUUUACGAAUCCAAAAACGGGAAAGCCUUUGUGGAAUCGCCAGCACGGAAGCUCUCCCAGUCCUUCAGCCUGAACGUCGGCGUCGGCCCAGGACCGGUGACCCCGAAGCAAUCUCUGCUGUGGGCCAUCCACACGGUGCUGAAGGAGCACGGACGCUACAAGAGGGGGCCGGACACGGAGUUCAAAGCUCUGGUGUGCAUGGCUCUGAACGAGCAGCGCCUCGUGUCGUGGCUCAACCUGCUGUGUAAAUCUACCACUGUGAUACACCCCCAUUACCAGUGCUGGAGCUACAUGGCCCAGACGGGCUUCGAGGGAGCCCUACGCAUCCUGGGCCGCAUCAGCCACCUCAGGUUCAACCUGCCGGUGGACCUGGCUGUACGGCAGCUCAAGAACAUAAAAGACGCUUUCUGACGAGGCCCAUCAUUAAAGCGUUUAACCAGCUUGUGUUCGGGACCAAAAGCAUGAUCCUGUUGGUAUUCUUUAACCCUUUAAAGGUUGUUUACGUGUGUGAUGUGAGCAGUACGUGUAUGGAUGUGGUGUUAAUCUGCAUAUCCCACUAAGACGGCAGCGCUGCUUGCACUGUGAACAUGCCUUAGAUCUCCGACAGCGAUUACCUCACCUUUAGUAAGCCUUCUUGUACGAUCUAUGUGACCUAUGCUCAGCAGCAUGCAUCUUCCUCUGCUGUACCUGAUAGUGCCCUGAACCUAUGCAGCAAACAUGGUGGGAGUGAUAAAAAGCUACCAUAAAUGGAAAGGUAGAGAAGGAAAAGAUGUGAAACUGUGCCGGAUGCUGUUACCAAA